GAGAAUUAGUAUGGUCAAAACAAAUCCGGAUAAGCCUCAAAAUCCGAACCUCACCUUUGAUUUCAUUCUUAUUUUUUCUUCGUGACUUUCUUUUGGUUCUAAAUGGAAAACCACAUGCGCCUCGUCUGAGGAAAUCCGCCUACAAUUUCAAACCCUUCUCCGAACUUCUACAAUGGCAGCCAUUUCUACAUUCUCCUUCUCGGCGAUCGGACAAUCACUGGAGAGGAAGGGGUUCUAUGUCAUUUCUUCAUCUGCUCGUGGCUUAUCAUCUACUUCGGAUGUGUUUCGCUUUCCUGGGAGCUUAGCCUUUGAUUCCCUCAAUUUCCGCUCUUCGUUUUCGAGUUCGAGCUCAAUAAGGCUAGUUCGGUGCAUGUCCACUGUUUCAGAAGUGCCCACUGUGUCACAGACAAAAAUGGAUUUCUUAAGGGCUUACAGACGACCGAUUCCUAGCGUGUACGGUUCUGUGCUACAAGAACUGAUUGUGCAGCAACAUUUGAUGAGGUACAAGAAAUCAUAUCAGUACGAUCCCAUUUUUGCCCUUGGGUUUGUGACCGUAUAUGAUCGCCUCAUGGAAGGUUAUCCAACUGAAGAGGAUAAGGAGACUAUUUUCAGGGCAUACAUCACUGCAUUGAAUGAGGAGCCUGAUCAAUACAGAAUUGACGCCCAAAAGCUAGAAGCAUGGGCAAGUGCUCAGAAUGCCAAUAGCCUUGUUGAGUUUUCAUCAAGGGAGGGAGAAGUUGAAAACAUCCUAAAAGACAUUUCAAAAAGGGCUGCAACAAAGGAUGGUUUUAGCUAUAGUAGGUUUUUUGCAGUUGGACUUUUCCGCCUACUUGAGCUAUCAAAUGCAACUGAGCCAACCAUCCUAGAGAAGCUUUGUGCUGCCUUGAAUGUGAACAAACAAAGUGUGGACAGGGAUCUUGAUGUUUAUCGCAAUUUACUCUCUAAGUUGGUCCAGGCUAAAGAGCUAGUAAAAGAAUACGUGGCCAGGGAGAAGAAGAAGAGGGAAGAAAGGGAAUCUCAGAAGUCUAGCGAAGCUGUAACAAAAUGUGUGGGGGUAUACCAGAUUGCAGCCUGGUGAUUCAAAUAUCUACUUGCGCCUCAUUUGGACCUCAUUAUAUUUCGUCCAGCAAACUGUUUAUUAGUUUGCAUCACAAUAGAGUCUGGACCUCACGAAGCUCAGGGAUUCUGCACAUCUGGAAUAGAAUUUUGAUCGCAAUUCUGGAUAUUGAUCCGAGGACGUGAUUGAAGAUAUAUCCCAGCGUUAAUUGCUUCAUCAAUUAGUAUGCAAGUUCUGCAAUAAGCGCAUGCGCUUACCCAAGGAACAACUGUAACUUGCAUAUUUAUAAUUCUUUCCUUUAUCUGAGAAAAAGUUAUGGUGUAUGUUUCAGAGGACUGGAUAACCUAAUUUUUAAUGUGUAGAUUUAUUUUUAAAA